AUUGGCAUUUAUCCUACAAAUGACUGCUUGAAUGCAGUGUGGUGCCUUUGGCUUCAUCUGAUGAGUGCAGCCUAGGAAAGGCAAGCUGAAGAAGCUGGCAACUGCUCCUAGAUGAGAGAAUGGAGGGGAGAGAGAGAGAAAGGCUUGACGGUCCUUCUACAUAAGCAAAUUGCCAAUAAAUUAUGCAGGUUUCCUUGGAAGUGAAGUUAUACGUACAGUCAAUGCACGAGUCAGAGCACAGCAGUGCAGUCUCAACAUCCUCGAUUCUACUCUCUUGUGCACAAACCGGAUAGUUCUCUGCCGCCUCUAUUUUAUCCCUUCAGUCACUCUUCUGUAUGGUUUGGAUUUUGUGGAGGGAUAAAAAAGAAAAAACCAUCAUCACCAGCAUCAUCGUCAUAUCUCCAAAUUAAAGGAAGGAAAAAAAAAUAAGAAACUGCCUGAAUCUGGUGUCCUGUGGGGAAGAUUGAUAGCCCUUUUGGAAUGCUAUAACGGCAAGUUGGAUGGGAUUACAAAUAUGAAACACAACUGGUGCUGAAGCUUUUUGUGCUCGAUGAAAGGGCUAAAAUGUGAUAGGAAAUCCUCAUUCUCCUAGGAAACCUUGCUUAUUCACAGAAACAUACAUUUGGAGGAUUUAUAUGUUCUACUGCAUGUUGUACAGGGAGAUUUUAGGAAGCACAUUUACGGCAGGCUUCGGUUUUAUCCAUUUCUUUGGAUCUGCGGCCACUUGUCUUUCUAUAGGAAUCAGGAGCCAGGAAUCUACAAAUAACCAUUCAACAAUACAGCAAAGACUCUGAAUAAUUAGAAAGGUGGACGAGAAUCUUGUACCAAAUCUUGGAUAAAAAGCAAGUCAAGAAAAUGCCAGCAUCUGCUGAUAAUGGAUGGGCCCAGUUAUCCAUGUCACAGUGGAACCUUUGUUGGCAGUUCUCUUGAAGAAAUGCAUCUGUUUCUAAAUUUCUUUUACUUUUUAAUUCCCUAACUCAAAGUAAUUAGUUCCAGAGCCUGGGCCAGCAAUUAAACAACAUCUACAGCUUAUUUCCACAGAUGGAUUUCAGCCAAAAGAUACAUUAGAACAUUAGCUUUUCAUGUUUGGUACAGUACGAAGAAGCAGCUGCUUUCAACGGCAAAAUCCAAAAUGAAGAGAAGAUGUUUUGUAAUAUGAAAUGCUGAGCAGGAGAAUUGCCUUAUAAGAAGGUUAAUAUCUUUGGAAUGCUGCUAAUUGAUAGCAAGGAAUAAUUGAGCCAAGACUUUUUAGGCCUACGAAAAUAAUCAAUUGAACUAUUUAUUCUGUGAUAUUUUGCAGCCCUUAUGGAUAUUUUAUAUUUUGAUGAUGGUUAUUUAGGUUGUCCAGAGUCACAAUUAGAUCUCUAUUUUGUUUUGUGAGUUCAGUGCAAUGAGUGUGCUCAAGGCUCUUUGUGCCUUAUGGAAAAGUACUAAGUUUUAUUUUUGUGGACCUUGAAAUUAAGGGUUCACCCCCCCAAACAACCUGCUAAUGGCUGCCUUGAAUUUAUAGAGAUAUUGAUGAGAGCUGGUAAUUAAUUGGCAACAUAGAAACUUCAAUCUCAAGAUGGUGUUGCCACCUCCUGAUAAACGUCAUGUGUGUCUUACAACAAUCGUCAUCAUGACAAGCAUGGCAUUUAUGGAUGCCUACCUGGUGGAACAAAAUCAAGGACCAAGGAAAAUUGGAGUAUGCAUUAUUGUGCUUGUUGGUGACAUUUGUUUUUUAAUUGUUCUUCGCUAUGUAGCUGUUUGGGUUGGAGCUGAAGUAAAAACGGCUAAGAGAGGUUAUGCCAUGAUUUUAUGGUUCUUAUAUAUUUUCGUGUUGGAAAUCAAGUUAUAUUUUAUAUUUCAAAAUUACAAAGCUGACAAAAAAAAUGUAGAUACUGUGGCCAGAAAAGCAUUGACUUUGCUUUUAUCCAUCUCUGUGCCAGGACUUUAUUUGGUUCUAGUCGCCCUGGACAGUAUGGAAUAUGUAAGAACUUUCAGGAAAAAGGAGGACCUUAGGGGUCGUCUCUUUUGGGUGGCUCUUGAUUUGCUUGACAUUUUGGAUAUUCAAGCCAACCUGUGGGAGCCUCACAAAACUGGAUUGCCUAUCUGGGCUGAAGGUCUCAUGUUUUUUUACUGCUACAUCCUACUUCUAAUUCUACCUUGUGUCUCGUUGAGUGAAAUCAGCAUGCAAGGAGAACACAUUGCCCCACAGAAAAUGAUGCUUUAUCCAGUUUUAAGUCUUGUCACAAUCAACAUUGUCACCAUUUUUAUCAGAGCAGUGAAUAUGAUUCUUUUUCAGGAUAGUAGAGUUUCGACUAUCUUUAUCGGGAAGAACAUUAUUGCUAUAGCCACAAAGGCCUGCACUUUUCUGGAAUAUAAAAAACAAGUGAAAGAAUUUCCACAAAACGCUAUUGCUUUAGAACUUCAACAAAAUUCGAUAUCACAUAAUCAGACAAUUCACAGUACACAGGGGGUUCAUCAUGAGCAGUCGCCAUCAAGGGAAAUAAUUGAUACAUGACCAUGUAUUUGGCUUUCAGCAUUAACUUUUGUUGGAAACAAAAGGCAGGCAUACCCAAUGGAAUAUACUGUAUUGUUUCUGGAGAUCUAGAAAGACUGACCAUGCAGAAAGGGAUGGGCAAAUGCAGCAAAACACGUGUUUACGAUAUAUUUUUCCUACAGAUAUUGGCCCAGAUAGGCAGUAUACCGUGAACUUAUUUUAAGCACUGUAUACAUGAUGUUUCCUGAUUUAUCAAUUGUGAAUAUGAGAUGUAAGGAAUGUUGUGACAUAGACUGAUUGAUUUUAUAACAAUCAAAUCUUAUGGGUGUACUGUGAAAUAAACUGAAUAAAAUGUUCCUAUUCCAGUCA